AUGGAUGCCUAUGCGACCACCAUUCUGGACACCCAGGAGAGCGUACUACAGCAGAACAUCCAUCCCCAGGUCGGCUGUUCAAGCCUUCCUGCAAACGGGAUCGACUUUUUCUUGCUAUACAUACGGGUCAGAGAAUAUUCCUUCACCUUGGCCGAUGAGGAGAACCCCUUUCGGCAAGCUUGUACAAGCUUUGUGUUUGCCAAGGGUGUAUGUAUCCCCCUCGCCAAGCUAUGGACUACAGACCAAUCCAGCUUUCCGGGGUUGAAAUAUCCUCACCGAGAAGGCACAGGUCGUUUUAUACCCCCAGUGAGAUUGCAGGCGAGUGUCGAUAGCAAUUGGCUGGGCGCGCCGUGA